UGACUGUUUCAUCUACUCUUUACACAAUUGUUUACGGCAAUGAUGUUGAAUUGGAAUGUAAUGUUACUGGAAGGCCAGACAUUACCAAUGUAACUUGGAGUAUGCAAAAAGAGACCGAGGCACAUCAAAUUGAUGUGACGAACAUAUUGAAAUAUAAUGGGGCAACGUUGUCAGUACCAUCUCUUACAAUAUUUAAUGUGACAAUUGAAGAUGAUGGGAUUUACUUUUGUGAAGCAGGGAAUAGUUACGAGAUUAGAACAAGUCAGGAAGUCGCACUUACAGUUACUAGUGAUCCAACUUCAACGACGCCCACUAGAACUCAAAAUCCUGGAACUACCUCUCCUUCAGCGACGUCCAUUACAACCCAAAAUCCUGGAAUUACAUCUCCUUCAACUACGUCCACUACAACCCAAAAUCCGGGAACUAAAUCUCCUUCAACGACGUCCACUACAACCCAAAAUCCUAGAACUACAUCUACAUCAACGACAACGUCCACUACAACCCAGAAUUCUGGAACUACAUCUCCUUCAACGACGUCCACUACAAACCAAAAUCCUGGAACUACAUCUACAUCAACGACGACAUCCACUAAAACCCAAAAUCCUGGAAAACCAUUUGUAUCAACGACGCUUACUACACCAACAACGACCACAAAACCUGAGGCGAUUUCAUGCCAAUGUCCGUGCAGUUCUCUUGGAAUUUGGGCAAGGCGAGACUUAUCCAACUAUACAAUAGAUGAACUACUCGAAAUGUUAGCUCCUCAACUGGCAAAAACGGAAAAAGAAUUAUCUGUUGACAAAUCAAACUUGUCGGCAACAAUUAAUAAAAGGAUAAGUGCAAAAGAUGAGAGAAAGUCUUCACAGUCCAUUGGCAUUCUUGGAAUAGUAUUCAUUUUUUCUGUUAUAUUUGGUGUCGUUAUCAUAGAUUUGAUGUCAAUUAUGAGAUUCAUGAAACCUAAAUUAAAGACAGGAAAAACUGAUACUUCAGAACCAGAAGGACGGUCAGAAUGA